AGUUUAGUUGCCGGGCGACACUCUGACACUCGUAGCGAGUUUAAUUCUAGACGUCGAUAAAAUUCAACUCGAGUAACCAGUGCUCUUUGCGACAGCAAAUAUCCCGAGAUCUAGAACUAAAUCUACAUGUGCGAAGAAAAAUAUUGUUCUAGAUAUAACUAAAUAAGAACAUAAUACACGAAGUGACUUAUAUCGUAGAAGUAUAACGUCUGAUAAAAUGAGUGAGUCCCAAGUGUGAUAAAAACCGAAAAAUAGAGAGCCAUAUUGUUUGGGAACACAGGAACCUUAAGUCUCAAGAAAAUUGAGUUCAAAGAAAAGAAGAUACAAACAUUCUCGUUGCUUGCCAAGCAUAAACGAGCGUUAAUUGUACAAAUGAAAGAAAGCAACGACGGAGUGUUGUCAAGUGCCGAAAUUAAAAUCCAAGGAAUAAAAAAAGAAGAGGGAUAUCUUGAUCGACGAUCGGCGGACAAAUGGCGGGAGAAUGUCGUUCGAAUCAUUACGUAAAUGACACGAGUGUUAAAUGUGUCGAAGCGAGCGAUGAUUAAGCUGGCUGAACGAUACACAACGAUACGUCGAAUAAAUAUAUACAUUGUCGACGCGAUCAAGAAUUAGUCUGUACGUCAAAUUCGACUUGAGACGAAAAAGUGGGACAUGGCUAGCCUGGUAGCUGCUGAUUACGCGGUGAUCGUCGUGACGAUGCUGAUUAGUUCGGGAAUCGGUGUGUACUAUUGGCUCACCGGAGGGAAACAGAGAUCGACGGAGGAGUACUUCAUGGCGGACAGAUCGAUGCGAGUGGCACCGGUCGCAAUUGGUUUAAUGGUUUCGUAUCUAUCUGCGGUCAGUUUAUUGGGAGUGAGUUCAGAAACCUACGUGUACGGCACCCAGUACGCAGUGAUCAAUAUUUCUUACGGAAUUGCUACUCCAUUCGUUGCUUACUUGUACAUGCCGCUGUUUUUCAAGCUUGGGCAUGCCAGUGCUUUUGAGUACUUGCACAAACGUUUCGGCAAGGCGGCGAGGAUGGCGGGAAGCUUCGCUUUUAUACUUCAGCUACUUUUGUACAGCGGCGUGGUACUGUACGCGCCCGCGCUUGCUUUGGAAGCUACCACAGGCAUCUCGACAGCCGCGAGCGUAAUCGGUAUGGGAUUAAUCUGCACGUUUUAUUCGACGAUCGGCGGCAUCAAGGCGGUCCUCAUCACCGACGUGUUUCAAGGCCUGUUAAUGCUGAUAGCUGUGAUCUUGGUGAUCGCCACAGCAGCCGUGAACGCCGGUGGUCUCGAUCAGAUAUGGGAAAUCGCUCGCGAAGGAUCGCGGAUAGAAUUCGACAGCAUUUCAAUGGACCCAACGGUGCGACACACCUGGUGGAGCUUGACAUUUGGCGGUUUCUUCACCUACCUCUCCUUGUACGGCACCAACCAAGUUCAAGUUCAGAGAAUGUUAACCAUCAAAAACGCGAGAGACGCGCAAACUGCCAUUUGGUGGAGCUGGCCGUUGUCCUCGCUGAUGUCCUUGAGCCUGUGCCUCGCCGGUUUGGCCAUAUACGCGCAGUAUCGCGACUGCGAUCCUCUUCAGACAGGAAGGAUCAACUCGUACGAUCAAUUAAUGCCGCUUUACGUGAUGGACAUGCUCUCCGCGUAUCCAGGUGUGCCGGGACUUUUUAUUGCUGGCAUCUUCAGCGCUGGACUCAGCACCAUCUCCGCCACGGUGAAUUCCCUGGCCGCCGUUAUACUCGAGGAUUUUAUCAAGCCCGUGUACAAACUUCGGGACAAAGAGAUUACCACAACCGGAUCGAUCAUUGUCAGCAAGAUUCUGGCUGUUAUAGUCGGCAUCGCUUGCAUAGGAUUGGCAUUUAUGGGUCAAUUUCUUGGCGGGCUUCUUCAGGCUGCUUUAACGAUUUUCGGCGUGGUCGGUGGCCCUGUGUUCGGCAUGUUCACACUGGGCAUGUUCACGCGGCUGGGAAACCAGAGAGGAGCCAUCGUCGGCCUAUUGACUAGCCUCGUUUUCUCUUUAUGGAUCGGUUUCGGCCAGCCGAAGCCACCGAUCCCAAACAAAGUGAACGUCAAUGGCUCGGACUGUGGCUACGCCGAUGCAUAUUACGAUCACGAGAAAUCGUCGAAUUUGCAUUUCGAAUACCAGCAAACUGACGAUGAUUCAUACUUCUAUUUGUACCGCGUUUCAUACAUGUGGUAUUGCCCACUGGGAAGUGUGAUCAGUUUCGCGGUGGGAUGGAUUUCCAGUUGGAUCUCGAAUCUAAUUCUGGGCGAAGAAACCGGUGAUCUGGAGCCAGAUCUCUUCGCCUCGUGUCUGCGUAAAAGGGAAUCGAAAAAUUUGGACAAAUUAGACAACAUCGUGGCUGACUGAACCGGGUACGUUAAUUCACGUGAAGAAUAGCGCGGCAUAUCAUCUAGAAACGAAUGUUUUUACACGCAUAUGCUGCUCGAAAAAGUAUCGGAGAAUUCAUGAUUUCGAAAGAAAUAAUGGACUCGUUAAGUAAAUAAAUAUUUUAUUCUUGAAAACAUUGGUAUUUAGGUGUAAUCCUGAAAUGGAGUGGAACGGAGUCUUUUUAUGACCCCAGCGGUGAUACCUGACUUCGAUUACCGCGUUGUAAAAUAAUUCGCGUAUUCUUCGAAUUCCUUUGCUUUUUAUAACUUGUAUCUAGACUGCCAUGCUUGACAAUAUUUUAGUAAAUUUUUGCAGAAAUGUACGUGAAACGAAUGCUUGCUCUAAAUUUGAUACUCUGGAACGAGUCGCUUAAUAUAAUUAUCUUCCAGAAGAUAACGAAUACUAUUAGAAUGUAGAAGAGAACGCAAGGAAUUCUUUAAAUUUUUGAGCGGAAAUCUUGCAAAGAUUAUUCCGUUAUAUUAAUACAAUUUUAAGUUACACAAUUCUCAAACAAAUAAUUGAUCUUUAAUAACACUGUGCUUCGUCAUUCUAUGUAGUGUCUCUAGUUAUUAUCGCCACUGGUAUUUCUACGAAUUUCUGUGAGGAAUUAAAUGCCUCCUCGUAAAAGGAAACAGAACUUAUUAUCGAUCGUUUAUUUGCCACGAGCGGACGCGUCACGGCUCGAGGAAUUCUCGUAAUUGGCCUUAACCUAAAAACAACCGGAGCAGAGUCCAAAUCCCUGGAAUAAGACACGUGUCGCGUAAAUCAGUUAGAAACGAUGUUCACGUAGAAGCAUCAGGUAAUUCUGUUAUUUGAAAAAAAAAAAAAGGAAAAGGAGAAAGGAAAUUAUGGUCGAAAUUAAGGUCUUGUACUUCCAACGAAAAUGGAAUUUGGUAAAUAUCACAGAGGAAGAUAAUGCAUCUGAAACAUGAAAUUUCUGCUUUGACAAUUCACACACUGCUACUUGUGAAAAUUGAAACAAAUUUAAAAAGUGCUUAAAGAACUAACUAUAUACGUGUAUAAUGUGCAAUGUACUAACCAUAGGAAACUUUCACGUCCACAUUGUGUAAAUCAUGUGAUUUAUCGUUUUCAUAUAGUUGCUCACGAAAAUUACUUAAAAUACAUUAUGUGUAUAAUAAGACUUGACUGUUGUAAUUAUAUUAGUCAAGCUUGAAGCUAAUUUAAAAAUCUAUACAGAAAUUACAAGGCAGUACAUUGACUUUUUAUUAGAUACACAAAAAUUCUCGCGGUAAGAAUAUUUUCUUAAGCCACUGUAAUGUAUGUAUAGGUGCAUUUAAUGGAAGAAGAACCAUCGAAUAUAUCAAUGAUUUUCUAUCGGUAUAUCGUUUGUACCCCCAGCAAUCAUGUAAUCAAUCAGAACAAAGAUUAAAUCGAGGAAGCUACUCUAUCUUGAGGAAUAAAAAAGUAUUGGGCAAAAAAAGAUUUCAACUUUUCAUCCCGACGAAGAAGAACAGGGUACCAUUUAUUUGGAAAAAAAAUAUCUGGAAGCUCAAGGAGGAGGAUUCGACGAAAUCGUGGCCGACAUUACGCAUACACGCGCGCUCGGUUUCCUUUCGGAAUUCCGAUUAUCGCCACGAGGCAUCCAACUUCUUCUUCUCCUCCUCUGCACCGCAAGGAGCAGACGUAAACACCGCUUGAACCACGGGUGUGUUGAACGUUUUACCGAAACGUUCGCAAAUCACGAUGGAAUGCCGUCAGACUAGUGUUCCCGUGCGCGGCACACGGUGACAUACAGAACGAAGCAACGACCUGUGCACUGUGCAGCGC